AUGCAACCGAUCCCUCACAGUAACGCUGGACCCACGAAUAAUACCCUUUCUUCAAUUAUGGACGAUCUAGAAGGUUUUCUUGAGCAAGGCGGUGUCAUUGACCUGCGAAUACCACUGCUCAACCAUCCACAAAAUGCCAUCGACAACAGGAUUUUACGCAAGAUCACCAAAUAUACGAAACCCAAGCUAUCUACUACGAGAUCUACAGCUCUCUUUCUAAGCACCCUUUCAGCUUUGCUCUUGUACUUUUUCACCUUCGGCGCGGUCGCUCGUGACGUCCACGAAGCAGAGCUAGUCAUUGAACGCGUUCGGGCAACGGCGGGCGAGCUGAAGGACAUCAUCGUUCAGGCGGCUUCUGAGGGUACUCCGAUCAAGACAAACUUCCUCCUCCUUCUGGGCGGGUUCGACUAUCGCCUUGAAGAUCGCACUAAAGACGGUCGAUGGGAGUUUGUACCGAAUCUACACCACAGGUGGAUGAUCUUUUGUCAUCGUUACCUUAAGCAAUGCGAGAUUAUCUUACUCACGAUUAUGGUUGCGUUUACCGUGGCUGCUCUCCGCAUCGGCGUCAUAUAUUACAGAUCCCAGAUCCCAGGCGUUCUCGAUCUUUUGGAUUUCUCAACGUCACUGAUUUGUUUGGUAAAUUCGUCGGCGUCCUUCGCCAAGUUCCAUGGUAUGCAAUCAACGGCUAUGGCGAUUGAGUGGGUUGCCACACUUCGGCCUCGUCCUGAGGUUGGCGUCUGGUGGGAUGUCGAACGGCUCUCUCUCCCCCGCGUAUACUUUUGCUGGAUUCUGGAUUUUUCCAUUGAUAUCAUCAUCGGGAAUGAUUCAUGGACGGUCAACCCAAUUACUACAUUCUACUGCCACCUUCUCAUCGCUGUGUUGUUGUUCUUCGGCCUUGGUCAUGGACUCUGGAUCUGCGUUUGUGCUCGAUCUGACAAGAAAGCCAUGGAGGAAUCUUGGAAGGCGCGAAUAAACGCAUACGCCUUUGAGGCCAACAAUGCUGUGCCGGAGAAGAAGAACGUGGACAAGGAGAUGGAAAUGGUAGUUGUUUGA